GCAACCGCAUCUUUUAUUCUGCAUCUUCUUCGUCUCUUCUUCUUUCUCCUCCUCCGACCCUCGAUAUCACCACUCAUCACUCACAAAAACACACUUACGAACAACAUGACUGAGCGAUUCUCCGUCCCCAUCCUGCCCAUCGGCCCGCACCCCGGCGGCGCCAUCGUCUGCACCGAGCCCAAGCCCCAAGUCUACGUCUUGACAUGGACAUCGCCGCCCGACAACCGCAUCACGCCGGCCUUCUGCAAGGCUCUCCUUGCGGCUCUUGACGUCCUCGAGUUUGGCGGCUACGCUCCUGGCGUCGUCAUCACCACCUCGGGCAUUGCCAAGUUCUACUCCAACGGCCUCGAUCUCGAAAUGGCCAUCAACACCGAGGGCUUCUGGGCCCUCUUCUACAGCGUCUGGAAGCGCUUCCUUACAUUCCCCAUGCCCACCGUCGCCCUCCUCAACGGCCACACCUACGCCGGCGGCCUCAUGCUCUCCAUGGCCCACGACUACCGCCUCGCUCCCUCGCCCAAGGGCUUCAUCUGCCUCAACGAGGUGCUCUUUGGCGCGCCUCUUAAGCCUGCAAUGGCUGCCAUCUUCCGCAACAAGCUGCCUCCUUCGACCUGCCGCAUACUCGCCCUCGAGGGCCGCCGCCUGACUGGCGCCGAUGCUGUCGCGCUGGGCAUUGCUGACGAGACCGCCACGAGCAUUGACGACGCUUUUGCUUUCAUCGACAAGUACCAGCUGCUCGAGAAGCCCAAGGCCGGCGUCUACGGCGUCAUCAAGGCUGAACUCUACAACAAGCUCAUCAAGGAGCUCGAUGCGGCUGGCUUGGAGGCUGAGGAGCAGCGCUUUGCGGAUACCCAGGACAAGGACCACGAGCGAAAGGAGUUUGGCAGAGUCUGGUACGAGCAGUGGCAAAAGGACAACAAGGCCAAGCUGUAAAAAUGCCACUAUCAAGAAAGAGGUGUUGUGUGUUGGCGGUAGGAUUCUGUACAAAAACAAAAAGCCCCCCUCUGCUGAGUUGGAGCAGCUUAUGAAACCCGUCAUGUGUAUUUUGUGUUAUGCCUUUUUUAUUCUAUACACUAACAAAAACUGAUACAAUUACUACGACUGCUACACCGCACCAAGCCCCCCUGCAUCUGACCUGAGUGAUUGAUAGCCAAGCUCCGACUGGAUUGUUACGUCUACCCGCCCAUCGCCAUAUCUCCGAUCUUGCGGCGCCAGCUCCAACGUUACUUACUUACUUCCUUACCAAGUCAACUUCGAGUCACGGUCUCGGGAUAUAUUGUCGGCAAAAGAGGCCAAGCACCAGCCUGCAUAACCCUCUGCGCAGCCACGUGCACUGUAAACCUGGGGUGCACCCCACGCGUGCCUCACAGCGCCUGCAUGCAAAGACGGCAUCUCGCAGGUGUGCAUCUCCCGCCCACGCCCAAAUGCAAAUGCCGAGUGUAGACAAAAAGCGUGUGUCUGGGCAAAUGCAAGCCACGAGGGUUUGAGUUAAGCUCUUGCCUGUUUGGGGAGGGUAUAUAACGGCCGUACUAUAGCCCGCCAACCCAACUUGGGCCAUUACAUGACUAAACGGGCGAGAAUCGUGGGGGAGGAGGUUACAAUACAGCUAGCUGCAAUAUAAUAUACUGAAAACCCCUUCCG